AGUCAUGCAACAGUGAAUAGUUUUUGUAAUAUUUUAAGCUUUUUUUUCUCUUGCACCAUAAGGAGUCAGUUUUUGAAGAGGCUGGAGAAAAGACAUUUACUGAUCAAGUUUCAAGUGUGGUUGUGUUGAAGGCUUCACUUUCCCAAGAUGAGCUGGGCUUUCCUGACGAGACUCCUCGAGGAGAUCCAUAACCACUCCACGUUUGUUGGCAAGGUCUGGCUGACCGUCCUCAUUGUCUUCCGCAUUGUUUUGUUGGCAGUUGGUGGUGAGCCUAUCUACCAUGAUGAACAAAGCAAGUUCACAUGUAACACUCAGCAACCAGGUUGUGAGAAUGUUUGCUACAAUUCCUUUGCACCGCUGUCGCACCUCCGGUUCUGGGUCUUCCAAAUCAUCAUGAUCACGGUGCCAUCCAUUAUAUACCUUGGCUAUGCCAUACACCGGAUAGCCCGGAUGGAAGGUGCCCAGCCAAAACCCAAGAGAAAGAUACCCAUUGUGCAUCGGGGACCUGCCCGGGAUUAUGAGGAGGCAGAGGGUGAUGACGAGGAGGACCCCAUGGUCUGCGAGGAAAUUGAGCAUGAACCCGAGACUGAAGAUGACAAGAAAACUCCUGAGAAGAAGCCACAUGAUGGCAGGAGGCGUAUCAAGGAAGAUGGACUUAUGAAGAUGUAUGUCGUCCAGCUCCUGAUGAGAACUCUGUUUGAAAUUGGUUUCUUGGCUGCACAAUACUUUCUAUAUGGGUUUGAAGUGCUUCCUGGCUUUGUGUGCAGUACGAUUCCUUGUCCAUACACCGUCGACUGUUUUGUGUCACGUCCCACAGAGAAAACCAUCUUCCUGUUGGUAAUGUAUGUGGUCAGUGGUCUCUGCUUAUUGCUCAACUUUGUUGAGCUCUUCCACCUUGGCCUCGGUGGCAUCAGGGAUGGCUUGAGGGGCAGGCGGCAGGCCUCUCACCUGUAUUACUCCUCCAGGAGCAACCACUACGACCCUCCGGGCUACCACUCUGUGCUUCAAAAGGACAAGACCAAGCUGGGCAAUGGGAAUGUGCCGUACCACAACAACUUUGGCGCUCUGGGGCCGGAGAGUUUUGAGAUGUCUGAGGUAGUUCACCGACACCUAAAGCUUGCUCAGGAGCAACUGAACAUGGCAUACCAAGCAUCAAGAGAGCUCCCUCAUCAACCGAGAAGUGGCAUUCCUGAGUCAAAUUGUACAGCUAUUGAGCAGAACCGACUGAAAUUUGGCCAGGAAGGUGAAAGCGCUUGUGCUAAAAAAGCAGGUCUGCAUGGGUGAUGCUGAUGGAACAGGCUCUUUGACUUUGAGAUUCGGAGAAAGUUGUCGCUUGAAGCAACAAAGGAACCUUGACUGAAAAGACUCAUAUUUCAUUCUUAUUCUCUGGGCUUUAACAUCACCAACUUGCAAAAGCAAAACUACUGGAAAGAGCUGGGUUGUGAGGGGACA